UUCACGUACCGUACGUACGGUAAAUUAUAUAUUCAACAUGAACAAGUGUUUUCUCUCCGAUAUACGGACAAGCAGGUUGAAUAUAUGAGGCAAUUGUCCAUAUUUAGAAAUCAUAGGAAAAACCUUUGCAAUUGUUGGAUAUGCCUUCUCAAACAAAUCCAUACUUCAAAAGAAAAUCGAGAAUUAAAUUUUGGCGAAAAAUGGCCGUAAUCUUCCUAUGAUUUCUAAAUAUACUUCUUAAUAUACUUCCUUUAUGAAUUAUUCAGUUUGAGAAAUCUCUUUGAAACAGUUUUAAUUGCCCCUGGGUACGAUCGAUUUGACCAGCACUUGAAUCCUUGGGGUAGGGACACAAAAUUUUGUUUGAAUGUCAAAUCCCGCCCCCUUGCCCCGCCUCCCCCCCCCCACCCCCCGCCGGCCUAACAUUGAUAUGUGCAUAAUUACAAAACCUCAUCUUGUUCGCUUAUUGUUGCUAUGCUACAACACUCAGGGAGGUACCGGAGGUGUGUCUUGCAAACAAAAACGUUUCCGGUUUACAAAAAUGUUUAAAUAUUUCAAAAUGAAUAUAAUAAAGUGGAAAUUGAACUUCGUGUCGUGCAUUUUGGACUGAAAUCAAACUUGUGAUUACAAAUCACACUCCCACUUCGCGGUCGUGCGAUUUUGUAAUCACGCGUUUGAUUUCAGUCCAAAUUGCACUCCACUUAGUUCAAUUACCAUUAUAUAUUGGUGAGAUUAAACGCCAAUAAUAGUGUACUGUCUCGUUCACUCGCAGGCAAAAUAACGUAUCAAUUAAAUAUUCGAAUUGUAUUACAUUUGAAUGAUAAUAUAGUUCACGAGCAUCCAUGCAGACUUAAUAUAUACAAGUGUGGUGGAAUAUAAUUAGCCAUCAAAUUGCCUGUGAAUUAGUAACUCACGGAAAAUGGCAAGCUGGAUGUAUAUUUCGCUUAUUUCUAUGCUAUUUUUUAAAACUAUCAACAAAAUGAUAGUUCAUUUGUUUCCACCGCCAGUACAAUUGCGAGUUCAGUGGAGAAAGGUAUGGCUGUGGGAGAAUCUUGUGACUUCAUUGGUGCACUCGAUAAUUAGUGCUACACUAUCAAUUUACAGGUAGGUUUUGCGACAUAUUUAUGACUUAUGUCUAUAGUAAUUUGCUAUAUACACCGACUCGAAAAAUAUUUAUACAUUUUUCCAAAAUUAAUUUCAGUUAAGGUAAUCACUGUCACCUUGUAGAAUACUUCAUGAUUAACAGUUUUACAAAGUAUAAAGUAUAAUACUAUAUUAUGUAAACUAUUCUCUUUAAGAAAUACCGAAGUUUAUGCUAAAUUUGCAAACAAACCUAACUUGUUUCUGUGCACAUUUUAAAGAUUUGUAAUUUCGCUCACAUAGAUUGUUCAGUAACAAUCUUGACACUUUAAUUGCCUUAGUAGAUAAGUCUGUGUUGAAGAGUAGUUUAUUUACCUGAUCUUGUAGUACAUAAAUAUAUAUGGAUUCAAAGUAGUUGCAGCUAGUUUUAGAAUCGGUGAAUAUUUGUUGCAAUGCCUGAAUUUGAUGUUAUUCCGUUUAGCAUAUACAUCACGCCAUCAAUGACCAGAGAUAUGAUCAACACAAGGAAUAAUCUGUUAUACUAUACCCUGGCCAUUUCCAUUGGUAUGUAGCAACUAAUUAUACUGUUUGGUGUCUUGCCAGUGUUUUGCCUAAUGGAAUUUCAAAAACGUUUUUCUUAAUAUCGCUAUGUUUUUUAUUCGCACUUUAGGAUAUUUCGUGUACGAUGUAAUUGAUUUAUCCGUUAAUGAUAGACAAAGAUCGCUUUGUAUUAUUAUUCAUCAUAUGCUUGUAAGUGUUUGAAUAUGACGUAUAAUUUUGAAUAUGCCUAUAGAAAUGGGUUUUACUUCUCUUUUUGUCUAGUUCAAACAUUUUGAUGUAUGUUGAUUUUGUCGUAAUUUGAUGAAAUCGCUUAUCAAUGUGGUUAAGUGCAUGUGAACUACAUUACUUACAGAAGCUGCUGGAAACAGCAUGAUACUAGUGAUAUAGUGUGUUUCGAAUAUAGUCGCUACGAUACGAGUAUAUAAUUAGAGUGAUCAGCAUUCCUGAUAUAUAGGCUAGGGUGUAUAAAAGAGCGCACAGUUCUAAAGUGUCCGCUAAACUGAAAAUUCCGAAAAAUUUGUGACAACUUUAUGUUCUUGUGGGUAGCUUGGAGUCCGUUCUGGUAUCUCUAUGACAAAUUUUCCGAAAAGUAAGACUUAAAAUGGAAGGUUCGGAACGCAAGUUUGGUGAACUAUCAAAAUACCAGAUAAUUUGUAUACUUACGUCUUCGGUGCGACCUCUAAAAAUUGGAUUUUUUUGCCAUUGUAGCCUUUCACGCAUAAUUUAGUGCACCCACAACGGAUUUUAUGCAUGAUUGAUUUUUACAUUCUCUUUACAAAACGUUUAAAAAUAUGCGUGAUCACGAAAGGCUAUAUAUACUAUAUGCUGGCGGAAAGUCCAUUCAAGUUUUAGUUAUAAAACACCUUUUAACCUACCAUUCUUGUAAUAUGGUAUAUUUCAUAAUAAUUGUGAUAGAGAUUCCAGAAGACCCCAAACUUGGGUUUGUGGUAUAAAGUGGGCAAAAAUGGUGCGGAAUUGUUUUUACCUAUUGCUAUAAUUUUGAAGUGAAAAAGACGCGUCCCCAAGUUCAACCUGCACGAAAGGUUCUAGAAAAUAUUGUAGGUAUUGCUGAGUGAACACAUAUGAACUACAGGGUCGAACUUGCAUACAGUGUGCAUACAGCCAAUAGAUGAUUUAUAGACUUGAUCUAGGCAAGAAGAAAAAAUCCAUCGCCACAGCUAGGAAGAGCAUGUUAAAAUUAGUAAAAUUGCAAAGUUUGGCCGCGAAAUGUUGUAAAAUGCCUAAAUAUGGUGCAUUUUGCCGCACGUAAUACAAAUUAAUACAAAAUUUGCAAAUUUUGCAUGGCUAUAUUUUCCGCAUUUUACAACAUUUCGCGGCCAAACUUUGCAGUUUUACUAAUUUUUUACAUGCUCUUUCUAACUGAGUGUCAUGGUGAUGGAUUUUGUUCUUCUUGCCUAGAUCAAAAUUUAGUCUAUAAAUCAUCUAAUUUUUUACAUGUUCUUUCUAACUGAGUGUGAUGGUGAUGGAUUUUGUUCUUCUUGCCUAGAUCAAAAUUUAGUCUAUAAAUCAUCUAAUUUUUUACAUGCUCUUUCUAACUGAGUGUGAUGGUGAUGGAUUUUGUUCUUCUUGCCUAGAUCAAAAUUUAGUCUAUAGCUGGAAUCAUCUGUUCGGUUGUCCUAUACUUAUCUGAACACCAGGAACUGGAUGAUGGAUUGAUCCCUUUCAAAUCAAUCAGCCAUGCAAUUUUGAGGCCAGAAUUUUAUAAUGAAAUGAGUUUUGUUCUGCAAAAUCUCUGCGAACUAGAUCGCGACGUGUUUAAAUUAGCUACAUUAUCAAGCAAAUGCCUUUUUCUGUUUAGCUCUAAGCGCGAUAAUAAACAAGCCCAUUGUGUUUCCGAGCUUAGAGGUUGAAGCUUUGCGGUUGUGAGUUUUGACCUUUGCAGGCCAUGUAAUCUUUAUUGAAGUAGCUGAAUAUUUCUGAUUUAGCUUUGAAAUAGUCGAAUUGAAAUAAAAAGCUUUGAGAAACAAUAGCUAUUUUUUGUCAGUAACAGUGCUGCAAUGCUUCAUGAAAUAUAUUUUCUUUCCGGUACAAAGUUGUAUAAAUUUGUCAAAUUUCUUCAGCUCUCAAAGAAAUGUUUUAAAUUAAUAUUGAACUGCGCUCUAAUGAUCUUCUAUUUUCUUUUUAUAGGUGUUAUCUAGCUUUCUUCUUUGUGUGAUAGGUAAUAAGCUGCUACCGUUUGCAAUCUUUGCACUACUGGUCGAGGUGAACAGCAUAUUUCUUCACACUCGUCGCCUAAUGCGCAUGUCCGAAUUCGAUCCGAACGGAGUGGCUUUUAAGAUUAACAGGGUUUUACUUGUCAUAACAUUUAUCAGUUUUCGAUUUAUUAGUUGUGUAUGGGUGACUAUCCGUCUUGUGAUAAAUCAACAUGCUAUCAAUCGAUUUAUUUUCGCAGUUGGAUUCGGUGGAUUGUGCAUAGCUAUCGUGCAAAAUUUUUUCCUGUUGCAACAACUUUGGUCAAGUGAUGUGAAAAGUAGUAACGACCAUAUUAGCCAGACCCAAAAUAGAAAAACUGCUGUAGAGAGGGACUAUAACGCAAAUAAAAGAAGUGGUUCAGAAGACCUGAAAGAUAUAUUAAGAAUGACAAAUACUUGUCACCCAACUGAGUGAAAGAAAUUAUAAAGUGCUGUCAUGGAUUGUACAGUAAAAAUCCACAUAAAAGAACCAUUAUUGCGUUAAUUUAAGAACCGCUAGCUUGACAUUUAGGCAACUAAAGUGCUUCCUGUAUUAGUCUUGUUGGACCAACUUGUUGCCAGUAUGUUACGUACCAUCAUCAACCUUGCAACAAGAUGAUAACUUGUUCCAUACUUGUCGCAACAACUGAGAACAAGGCACGAACAUAUCCUGAUAUCGGCUUGUCAACAACCUUGUUACAACUUGUUUGCAGAUCUGAACUUUUAGUAUAGGUAAUCACACGGGAAGGAGUGCAAUUAAUGAUUAACACUACGAGUGAUAUUUGAAAAAUGUGCCAAAAUUGCAUGAGCCGCCGAGGCGAGUGCAAUUUGGCACAUUUUUCAAAUAUCACGAGUAGUGUUAAUCAUUAAUUGCACGACUUGCCCGUGUGAUUAUUUAUUUAUUAUAUUCAUCAGUGACAAAAUGGCUUUCUUUAUAUUUCAACUGCAUUUUGUCAAGAGUUUUUAAUUCUUUUGUAAGCAAUUUGGUAUAAACAAACUUGGGAAAUAAUCAUAAACUCAUAAAGGCACAUAACUUAAACAAGAAUACAAGAUUCAAACUCAAAUAACAUAUUUUAGACUAAGAAAAUCUUUAUAAAUUGUAUUUCAAACUUACAUAGUCAGGUUUCACUGCAUCCCGCAAAGAUUAUUUCUUAAGACUCUUUCCAGGUAUGUUUCACAGGCUCUUUUUGCCAUACAAUGUUUCUUAAACUCAUUCUUGU